AAUUAAUUAAAUGCACGCUCAUCAGAAUUUUCUUUGACAAAGAACCAUACAACAAUACUGCAGCAUCCAGGUGUAGCCAUGGUGAAUAAAUGUAAACAAUCCACACACAUUAACACCAAAUACAAAAGCAAAACUUGUUAAUAAAAAUCUAAAAAAUUAAAUGAAAUGACUAAUCAAUUUUGUUGACCUUGGCAAAUAUAUAUUUCAUCAUUUAUUUUUUUUAUAUAAAUCCGGUAGUGAUAUCAAUAAUAGUAUUUGUUCCAAAGAUACUUUGAAAUGACAGGUUAUAACACCAUUUUGCAAUUUGCUGCUCUGAUAACGUGGUCUGCAGUCCAGGAAAGCGUUGUCGAGGCAAAUCUUCAAAACGCAGUUUACGAAUUUAAACCAUUGAUUAUACAGACAGAGGCAGAGUUAGACGUGCUUCGUGACAUUUAUUAUGACAAGAUUUUAAAAGCGCCAAACAGAAGGCUCGACAAACUGAAAAGACAAUUUACACGUCAAAAUAAUAUCACGGGCCUUCUUAUUCAGUAUAUAAGGGAUAAGGCGAAUGCCUUCAUUGAGGAAAACAUUGGAAGAGAGGUAUUUGGCGAGAUAUUCAGCAUAACAACUGAAAUUUAUGACCGUCUGGAACAAUUAAAAGCUAGUGAAGAUGUUAAAUCGGAAGAGGGUAAAGUCAAAGAUGUAUUUGAUGAUUUCUCAACCAUAAAGAUUCCCACGAACGAAAGUACUUUGGUCCAAAACCCCGAGAAAACAUUAGAAAGACUGUUGGCUAUUAACGAUGAGUCUCUUCUGUCCGACUUAUUGCGGAUCCAGAUCUUCCUUAGCAAUACCACCACAGUUAAAAGAUGGGGCGCGGUAGUGUCUGUCCUGAGCAAAUAUUUGCAGCUUAAAGGGAAAGAGGGGUCAAGAAGGGACAGUACAAGACAAACCAGAAGAGACCUCAAGGCGCUUGGGGAUUUGGCAAGUGAGGCAAACGAGGCCAUUUCUAAACUCCAAAGUUCAGAUAGAAAAGUACGUUUAGAUGCCUUGCAAACGUUGGGGAAGAAUAUCAAAAAGUUAGCAGAUUUCCACAUGAGAAAUAAAGCAACACGAAACCCGGGUGUUGGUGAAACAACGACGGGUGUGGAUGAUUCUCAAACGCAGCCGCUUGGUAAAACAACAAAAGAAUUGCCUCUUGUUACAAUGAAGCCAAUACAUGAAGUGAUAACUAUCAAACCACCAGAGGUAUUUAUACAAACCACACCAGCGCCAAAACCUUUUAUUCCCUCAUUGAUAAUACAACCACCGGCGAUAAUAAAGCUACCUGAGAUAACAUCAGCACCUGAGGUUGUAGGGGUUAUUUUGCCAGAUUCCUUGCCUGCCUUAUCUGAAAUGUUCAUGUUUAAAUCAAGAGCGUUCACCAAAGAGCUGACUGUGACUGAUAACUGUAAGGUGACAUGGGCGUCCGAUGGUUGUGCGAUGUCCUUCACCCCUAACCCUGACGAUUGCCUAAAUGUUAAUGUUAUAAUUGAAAAAGUCUUGAAUACUGUUAGUGGUAUUGCAGAAGCUCUUCAGCUAGGAUCAGUUGGGGAUAAUCCUAUUGAUUUGUCUGAUUUGGUUGUUAAAUAUUUUGAAGUCAAUGUCUGUGAUGAAAUUGUUACACUUUCAGUAACUUUAUUUGCUGAUCGAGAGAUCACACUUAUUCCCACUACGUUAAGUGUCACAAAUAUCGAGAUCGACCUGACAAUUGCUGUUCCCGAUAAAUCUAUCACUGUUUCCUUUAGUGCGACAUGGGACUUGGGAGGAGUUUCAUUCACUAUCCAAGCAGGCUAUGAUAGAGGCGAAUACGACAUCACUGCACGUCCAGUUACAUCUGAUGUAACCCUUGCCACUUUGUUGGGAAGCGUCGCAAAUGCAGUGGUACCCGGAGAUUCUACAAGUGCAUCAGCUGUUUUUAAUGAUCUUAAGUUCAAUAGCAUUGUUAUAAGUGAUAUGAGCCUUGUUGCUAAAUUUACAGAUUCUGGUAUGGGGUUCCAAUUCUCCUUUACAUCAACAAUAUCCGGUCUUGGCAGCACAAACAUCAUGCUUAACUUCAACAGGCUCAAAGAGGGAGGUAAUUUCACAAAUGCAUUUUCAUUGGCUGCCCUGUUAAAAGAACUGACCCUCGCGUCAAUUAUUCAACAUAUUGGGAGCUAUGAUAUCUCUACUGUUCCUCUGAUUGGUAGUUUAGCGUUUCCAGAGGUAGCGAUUAUCGGAGCUUCCAAAGAUAUUCCCGAGCUCAUUGUCGACUUUACCAGUAAUUCUGACAUAAUUUCUCUGCUACCAUCGGUCAGUAAGGGUAUCGCUCUAUUGUUCAGUGCACGAUUUGAUACAGACUCAGACCCGAUGAAUUUCAUGGUUAAAUAUACUCCUCCUAAGUCAAUUGGCUUUAGAAUUUUGCCAGGACCGCAGCUUGACGUCGAGGGUAUCAUUAACAAACUUCUCACAUCCAUCAAUCUUCAACUGCCCCCUGGAUUUCCAUUAGCGACGUUUCUCAAUCAAGGUCUUUCCAAUAUGAACUAUAACGGUGAAAUCAAUGAGCUUAAUAUUCCAGUGAUACUCGGAGAUGAUAUAGUAAUAGUGAAGCAUGUGUUUGAGAUAAAAGAGCCUGAGAUCGACUUUGUCAUAGGUCUAGGAAAACCAAGGACUUUAAGCUUUGUGGCAAGUGGUACUUGGUUGAUAAAGGACUACCCCAUUGCACUUACCAUUAGUAAACCACCCGGAGAAUCCGAAUUUUUGGCAUCUGCCUGUUCUGAAAAACCCCUAGAAGUUGGUAAAGUCAUGGCUCAAUUAGCGUCGUCGUUUCUUCCUGAUUUCGUCGGUAAUAUUUUCGAGACUUUCUCAAUCGAAAAUCCAUGUUUUGAAAUUUUAAUAGGCAGAAACUUUGGAGUAAGGGUAAGUGGCACUGCCGUUAUAGGUAGUUUCGAUGCUUCUAAGGUAGAAGUAUUAGGAGGAAAGGUAGAUGGGGCUAUGCUUAUGGCUUUAGGCAUUGUACUUGAAAAGACUAGACUCAGUAGCGUUAUAGAUAAACUCACUAAGGGUAACGUUGACAUAACGUCAAUGCCGGGUAGUAGGAUAUUUGACGAAAGUUCUAUCGGGCUCGUAAUGUCAACUCAUGAAAUACCAACCAUAGGAAGAAGUGAAUUAAAAUUCAGACUCGCCAUGUUAAGCAAUACCAAUACGCUGGAUGGUGUAUCGUUUGUUGUCCAUAUAAAUCUCCCACCUUCUUCAGACUGUUCGGGUGAUUUCCUUUGUCUAGUUUUGAACAAAUUCCUACCCGGUCUCUCUAUGAUUAUGAAAGGACGUCUUGCAAUAAAUGAUCUUUUACUCGAGGUGACGAUUCCUAGAGAAAUAGAGAUUGCCCCUGGCUUUAUGCUGUCUGGCUUAGGGUUUAGAAUAAUUGUUAGACCACCUUUAAUAGAGGUAGCUCUGAUAGCUAGUCUGAUAAUAGAUGAUCCUGCUUUACGUUUUACUGGUGCUAUUGGUUUUUCAACUACAGGAGGGGCGACAUUGGAAAUGGCGAUGGUGGGAUGUUGGCCUAAACCAUUCGCUAUUCCGAUUGUAACUAUAUGUGACCUAUUUAUCAAAAUAGGCAUAGUACCUGAACCCACCGUCAUCUCUGAGUUGCAUCUAGGGGGCCGUGCUCAGAUCGGUUUGAUUGACAACUCGAAAGCAAGACUCUUCAAUGCAUCUUUGUUUAUCGGCCUCAACAAAAUUGUGCCUUCUGAAAGUUAUUUCUUAGGAAAAAUUUCGAAAUUAACAAUUCCUGCAAUAUUGGCUGCGUUUGCUUAUUUCCCGAGUCUGCCAAAGGCUUUAGACGAGAUCGGUUUUCCAGAUGGUCUUGAUGUGUCUUACACCCAGUUGUUAAGUGGUAAAGUGUUACCAAAUGGUGUUACAAUACCCAGUGGGUUAAGGUUUAAUGGGACCAUACAAAUAAUGAGCUUCAAGGUCAGUAGUAGAAUGCGUAUGGACAUCAAUGGUAUAUUUGUGUUUCUUACUGUGGACAGGUUCAACAUCGGAAACAAUCUAAUCAGUGUUGACGGUGAUGGUAAAUCUGGCCCUGAGUUGUUAGUUGACGUUGGGUGGAAUCCACCUAGAGCAAAAAUUGAUAUUCAGGGGAAAGUUUGUGUACUUAAAAUAUGUGCAUCAGUUAAUAUAACAGUUGAUUCACAAGGUAUUCACUUUGAAAUAGGGGGAAAGUUCUUAGAUCUCUUUGAAGCUCAGCUUACCCUUACUGCUAGUUACACAUCAUUAGAUUCUGCAACGUUUAGUGUCUCUGGAUACUUUAAACAAACACUCUUGGAUACCUUGAAGAACAAUGUGAUCAGUGCCAUUAGUGAUCUAAGUAAGAAGGCUACUGCGGCCCUCGAUACAGCCACAAAAGGACUUGACUCGGCUCGACAAAGUAUGGAUAGUGCAGCUGAAGAUCUCCGAGCCAAAAAAGCUGUAGUUGAUGGGAUUCAAAAGUCAAUUAAUACCAAAGCUCAGGAGAUCAGUGAUCAAAAAGAGAAGGUUGACUACUUGGAAAGUAAAUGGAAAGAAAGUGUAAGAGUUGCAGAAGAUCAGGUUGAGAAAUUAGAGGAUGCUAAGGCUGAGAUAACUAAAGUGCAAAACGAGAUUAAGAAAAUAGAAGACAACUGUCCAGCUGGAUGUUCAUCAAAGCGCAGAAAAAGAAGCAUACGACGCGGUGAGCAAUCAGGGCGUGACGAUAAGAUUGUUAAAGAUUCACUGCUGGAAAAUAGACUCGAUGGCAAAGCAUCUAAAAGUUUCCUCCAUUCUCAAACAAAACGAAUAAUAUCAGCAAUUAUAGGCAAUAGGAUUCAAGAUCGACAAAAACGUUUCAUCGGCGGUGGCUUUGAGUUCAAAAGUCCGUGGGAGAGUGGAAGAGAAGCUGCGGAAAAUGUAGCCGAAAGAAUAAGACUCGAGGAUGCUAGAGAGGCCGUCAGAGAAAAGGGUAGAGAAGCGGGUGAAAGAACUCGGGAGACCGCUGAAAAUGCGAGAGAGCGCACUGUAGAAAGAGGAAGGGAGUUCAGUGAACGAACGAGAGAGGUCGCGGCAGAAAGGACGAGAGAGUUCCGAGAACGGACAAGAGAAGCUGCGGAGAAGUUGAGACUUGAGAGGGUUCGAGAAGUGGCAGUUUGUAAAUCAAUAGAUGCUGCUAGAGCGACAUGCUUGUUACCGAUAAAAGGAAUGCGAUUCACGUUAGAGGGUUUAAAAUCAAGUUUUUUUCCUCUGCAAUCAGCUACGGAUUUUGCUCUUAAAGUGGCUAAAGAUAACAAUUUGGCGUUUGAUGCAGCUAAGCUUACAUUGGUUGGUCUCGAAGAGUCAAUGAAAGGCCUCGCAAGUUCGUUGGAAGGACCGAAGAGACUGAUGGACGCAGCUGCUACGGUACUUGAACAAUCCCAAUUCGUAUUUCUAACCGCCAAAGUUGCUUUGGAUGGCGUUAACCGGCUGCAAAAAGCCGGUCUGAAUGCUGCUUCCUUCAUUACCAAAUUUGGUCUAGGGAGUGUCAUAAAUAUAAAAGAGCUAAGGUUCAACGUAGCACUUGCCGUCGCAGAGACUGGUGAAUUCAGUGGUACAAUAGUAGUGUCAUUCCUUGGUCGUUCGGAUGAUACAUUCUCGUUUCAAAUAAAGGUGAAAUCCGUGGAAGAUAUGGUAGAUAUAUUAGUGAAUGAAGUGGAGGAUCUUCUCAAAUUGUAAUUGCCUGUGUUUGAACAUAAGUUAUCGUUUAAUAAAUAUUAGAAAUCCACGUUUAAUAAA